AACACUGAGACUCCUACAAGUUGUCAUCAAUGCGUCAUUUCAUCGGCGGCUUACGAUUCUCACUCCAUCGCCCGCAUCGUCCUUCUUCUUUGCGAAAAUAAAAUCAUUAUAUCUAAACUAUUUUAUUGGUAAAUAAUUGUCUUUCUUGAAAAUUUCAAUUUCAAUUUUUGAAAAGUAUAAAACCAAACACAACCGAACACAACCAUUCCCGCCUCUUCAAUCCGCAUGUUGUUUUAGAUUUGAAUUGAAUCCUCCACAUUCAUUGAUCUUACAACUCCAACCCUAUUUCCUUUCUCCUCUUCUCUUCUCUCAUGGCGGCCAAAGGAACAAAGAGGAGAGCUAAGCACGAAGACGCAGCAGAACCCAAACAAAGCAAGAAGCGAUCGACGAAACCUAAACCUUCCAAGCCCGAUGAGUACUUCGAGGACAAGCGCAACUUGGAGGACUUAUGGAAGCAAACUUUCCCUGUUGGAACUGAGUGGGAUCAAUUGGAUUCUGUCUAUCAAUACAAGUGGGAUUUCUCUAACCUGGAAAAUGCAUUUGAAGAGGGUGGCGUGUUGCAUGAGAAAAAAGUUUAUCUCUUUGGCUGCACUGAGCCUCAACUGGUCUGGUUCAAUGAUGAAAGCAAAGUUGUCUGCAUACCGGUUGUUGUAGCGGUCGUAUCACCUUUUCCUCCAUCUGAUAAAAUUGGGAUUAACUCAGUUCAGAGAGAGGCCGAAGAGAUCAUUCCCAUGAAACAAAUGAAAAUGGACUGGGUUCCAUAUAUCCCUCUUGAGCACCGAGAAAGCCAGGUUGAUAGGUUGAAGUCUCAAAUUUUUAUCUUGAGUUGCACCCAAAGGAGGGCUGCUUUGAAACAUCUGAAGUUGGAUCGUGUAAAGAAAUACGAGUACUGCUUGCCUUAUUUCUAUCAGCCAUUUAAGGAAGAUGAACUUGAACAGAGCACUGAGGUUCAAAUAAUAUUUCCAGGAGAGCCAAAACCGAUCUUCUGUGAAUUUGAUUGGGAAUUAGAUGAACUUGAGGAGUUCACUGAUAAGCUCAUAGAGGAGGAGGAGUUAUCAGAAGAUCAAAAAGAUGCUUUUAAGGAAUUUGUCAAGGAAAAAGUACGUGAAGCAAAGAAAGCUAAUAGAGAGGCAAGGGAAACUCGAAAGAAAGCAAUUGAAGAAAUGAGUGAAGAAGCUAAAGCUGCAUUUGAGAAUAUGCGAUUUUAUAAGUUCUACCCUAUACAAAGUCCAAACGCACCUGAUGUAUCAAAUGUUAAGUCUCCAUUCAUUAACAGGUACUAUGGAAAGGCUCAUGAAGUUCUGUGAUUGGAUUCGAGACGAUGAUGGCCUCAUUCUCACCUGCAACUAUAGAGAUUUUGUUAUCUAUAUAUGAUUUUCGGAUCUUCAGGAGGCAACCCCUUAGUGCCCCAUAAAAUUUUAUUUAGCAGUUUUGGUGUCUGAAGGAACAUACAAUGUAAAAUAUAGCUUAUACCGGAGAAGAAAAAUAGAUGCUAAGAUAGAAAGAAUAUAUGAUAUGUUGUUGAUUUUCAAUUUCUAGAGAAUGUUGAGAUUCAGGGGCUUCAAUUUGUGUGGCUCUUGCUAUCUUGGCGCUUUAGAGAUUUUUUCCAUUUGAAGGUUGAGGCUUAGAAUUUUUAUUAGAAUUUGAAUGAAGAAAUGAAUUCACCGUUUCCUUUGAUGUA